GGGUUGCAGCGGAGCAGCGCCAUGGCUGCAGCGCUGGGUCUGGGGGCGCUCUGGGGGCUCCUGGGGCUCCUCGGGGACCCGGGGGUGGCCACGAAAGUUCUCCAUUCCCUGCAUUACCUGGAUGUGGCAAUGUCAGAGCCCAUCCCGGGGGUCCCCCAAUUCAUGGGUAUUGGGUUCGUGGAUGGGAUCCCCUUCAUGCGCUACGACAGCGAGCGGGGCCGGGUGGAGCCGCUGACGCAGUGGAUAAAGGAUGGAGUUGGGCCGGAAUAUUGGGAGGGGCAGACCCAGAUUGCUGUGAGGACCCAGCACAUGGUUGCCAGGGAGCUGGAGACACUGCGGGAGCAGUACAACCAGAGCAGGG